GAUCAUGUGAGAGGAGCUGGAAUCCUGAAUUGUAGCUUUUGGCACUCCUCUUUUCCCUCUUCUUAAACGCUUGCUCUUUUCAGCUCCUGUGGACUUCUUGCCUCACUUUGCACUGUCUUCUGAUCAGACUCAGCAAUGGGACUGUGUUGGUGGUGACUUUUUUUUAAGGGGACAGAGGUCUCUAGGCAGGUGCCCAGUAUUUCAGAAUCAGGUUGUUACUGUGUCAACAGAAGGCCAAGAAAUGUACAUGCGAUUUGAUCAGGCUAGAAGACGCUCUCCGUACAGGAUAAGUAGGAUAUUAGCACGCCAUCAGCUUCUGACUAAAAUUCAACAAGAAAUUGAAGCAAAGGAAGCGUGUGACUGGUUGCGAGCUGCUGGAUUUCCACAAUAUGCACAGCUCUAUGAAGAUUCCCAGUUUCCUAUUGACAUUGCAGCUGUGAAGAAAGAUCAUGAUUUUCUUGACAAGGAUCUUGUAGAACCUCUUUGUAGACGAUUGAACACAUUGAACAAAUGCACCUCAAUGAAACUCGAUGUGAAUUUCCAAAGGAAAAAGGGUGAAGAUUCUGAUGAAGAAGAUCUCUGUGCUAUCAGUGACAAAUGGACUUUCCAGAGGACAAGCCGACGAUGGUCUCGGGUAGAUGAUAUUGACACCUUAAUUCAUCAGUCGGACAAACAUGGGCCCUCAGGGGACAUUAAAAUUAAAAUCACAACUAGCAGUGAAAGUGUACUAACUGAUCUGAGUGAGCCUGAGAUCUCUUCUCUUCACAGUGAAAGUAGCGGGGGAAGUGACCACAGGAGUCAGUCCGGAAUCAGCAGCCUUCUCAGGGAGACAUUUGACUGUUCAGGACAAUACUUUGUAGAAAGCACCAUUGCCCAUGACUCUACUUCAGUAGGCGGUAUCCCCCUGCAGCCUUCAGAAAACUCUGGGAAUGAGAGACCAACACGGACCAGAGCCAAAACCUUUCUAAAGCGCAUGGAGACACUAAAAACCAAAGGUACACAUGGCAAAUUUAAAGUGUCUGGAAGGAAUAGUGGCUUAGUAAUAAGCCAACCAGUUCUUCAGCAUGAACCAAAAACCCUGAAGGAUAUGCAAUGCAUGCAGAUAGUGAAUGGAGACCUCCAAGGUGUGACAGCACUAGAGGCAGUCAAGCAUGGGCUUGCCUUCUCCACUAAGUCCAGUUGUGAGAGUAGCCAGUCAGAGAUCAGCAGCAGUGGAAUAAGCACUCCUUGCUUGAAGGAACGCAAAUACCAUGAAGCAAAUAAACGAGGCGGCAUGUACCUGGAGGACCUGGAUGUUCUUGCAGGAACAGCCUUCAGGCAAGUGGUAGACCAAAAUCGCAAAAAUGAAUUUCAUUCACAAGAAAACCUAGUUGUUCAUAUUCCCAAAGACCACAAACCUGGAACAUUUCCUAAGGCACUUUCCAUUGAAAGCCUCUCUCCUACAGACAAUAGCAACAGUGUGAACUGGAGGACAGGAAGUAUUUCAUUAAGCAAGCAGAAAUGUUCAGCACCUAAAGAGGCUAGUCCUCUUGCUUCCUGUCCAAAAGAGAGUCGGGUUAGCAUUUAUGACAAUGUUCCAGGUUCUCACUUGUAUGCCAGCACUGGAGAUCUUCUGGACUUGGAAAGAGAGAACCUUUUUCCACAUCUGGACGAUAUUUUGCAGCACGUCAAUGGACUUCAAGAAUCUGUGGAUGAUUGGUCAAAAAAUAUAUUGCCAGAGCUGAAAAACAAUGAUUUAUCAAUUAGUGAGCAUGGGACCUUACCAUUCCAGUCACCAUCCAAGAUUGCAUUAGACUUUGAACAGAAUUCUGUGUCUGAUGGCCGGACAACACCUAGUGAUGUGGACAGAGAUGGGACCUCUCUUAAUGAAUCAGAUGCUACAGGUGUCAGGGACAGAAGAGACUCUGGUGUUGGAGCAUCUCUCACCAGGCCAAACAGGCGAUUACGUUGGCAUAGUUUCCAGAUCUCUCAUCAGCUGAGCCAUACCAUAGGAUCGCUGCAGAUCAGCAAUCAGUCAGCUUCUCAAUUAAAUCUGCUACAAAAAUUCUCCUUGCUUCGCCUUACUGCCAUCAUGGAAAAAUACUCCAUGUCAAACAAGCACGGCUGGACAUGGUCUGUGCCAAAAUUCAUGAAGAGAAUGAAAGGUCCAGACUACAAGGAUAAGAAUGUUUUCGGUGUGCCUUUAAUAGUCCACGUUCAAAGAACAGGGCAACCCCUUCCACAAAGCAUACAGCAAGCCUUACGUUAUUUACGUAACCAGUGCUUGGAUCAGGUGGGCCUUUUUCGGAAGUCCGGUGUGAAAUCCCGAAUACAGGCUCUACGGCACAUGAAUGAAAGCUCCCCUGAAAAUGUCAACUAUGAAGACCAGUCAGCCUACGAUGUGGCAGAUAUGGUAAAGCAAUUUUUCAGGGACCUUCCAGACCCACUUCUCACUAGCAAGCUAGGAGAAACCUUCCUCCAUAUAUACCAAUAUGUUCCAAAAGAACAGCGGCUUCAGGCAGUACAGGCUGCCAUUAUGCUGAUGUCAGAUGAAAACAGGGAGGUUCUGCAGACCCUGCUAUGUUUCCUGACUGAUGUCACCUCAGUAGAAGAGAAUCAAAUGACUCCUAUGAAUAUUGCUGUGUGCUUGGCCCCUUCUCUUUUUCACCUCAAUAUAAUAAAGAAGGAAAGCUCACCACGAGUAAUACAGAAAAAAUAUGCAACCGGGAAGCCAGAUCAGAAAGAUCUCAGUGAAAACCUGGCAGCAACUCAGGGACUUGCUCAUAUGAUAACAGAAUGUGAUAAACUUUUUGAGAUCCCACAUGACAUGGUAGCCCAGUCUCGGAAUUCAUAUGUAGAUGCUGAAGUGCGUUCUCCAACUCUGGAGGAACUGGGGAAGCAAAUGGAUGAAGAAGGUGGAAAUUAUCAGGCCUAUCUUGAAAGUGUUGUGCAGAACCUCUGUAAAGAAGCCAAGGAGAAAUUCAAAGGAUGGGUCACCUGUUCCAGCAUAGAAAAUACAGACCUCUCCUACAAAAAGGUUGGAGAUGGAAAUCCACUAAGGCUGUGGAAAGCAUCUGUGGAAGUUGAGGCUCCUCCCUCUGUUGUACUCAACCGAGUGCUAAGAGAGCGCCAUUUGUGGGAUGAGGAUUUCUUGCAAUGGAAGGUCAUUGAAACCUUGGACAAGCAGACUGAAAUCUACCAAUAUGUUUUGAAUAGUAUGGCUCCCCAUCCUGCCAGAGACUUCUUAGUCUUGAGGACAUGGAGAACAGACAUGCCCAAGGGGAUGUGCGUAUUAGUGACUGUCUCCGUGGAACAUGAAGAAACCCUUCUGAUGGGAGGUGUGCGGGCAGUUAUUAUAGAUUCUCAGUAUUUAAUAGAGCCUUGUGGCUCUGGGAAAUCUCGCCUGACACAUAUCUGCAGGGUUGACCUCAAAGGUCAUUCACUGGAGUGGUGCAAUAAAGUCUUUGGGCACCUGUGUGCAGCAGAAGUUGCCAAUAUCAGAAAUUCAUUUCAACCUCUAAUUGCUGAGGGACCAGAAACAAAAAUCUGAGUGAUGGGGAUAUUCUCUGCAUGCAUUAAAGCUGUGGUAGGAUUUCAGCCUACAUUUGUGCAAUAGCUAAGCAAUGAUUGCUUGGGAAAUGCUGCCCUUGUCCGGAAAAAGUCACCCACUUACCUCCGUGACCCUCAUCUGUUUUCCUUUGCUGAAGAGCACUUUGCCAAGAAUUUCUUCAUACUUUAAAAGUACAUCAUUGCCCUCAUGUCUGUAUUGCAUAAUUCUAAUAUUUAAAAGCUUCUAAGAAGCUUAUUUUAAAACUGUAAAUAAGAGAUUUAAAAGUG